AUGACAAAAACCCCCAGUUCGAAACGAAGCAAGUCUCUAGCGAGUCAACGACUAUUUCGCGUCUUCUGGCUGCCCGGAGGCAGAGACAAAUCGGCAUCGGGAAACUCGGUCAAGUUCGUCGACCCGUCGCCGGAGCAGGCCAACGCGCAACUUCUAGCCCAGCGCCACCUCGCCGUCACCGAGUUCCUUGCCAGUGACCGGCGGGUGUCGGUCAAUACCGCCAACAUCGAUGGUGCGCCGGCAGGAGGCAUUAGCCGGAGCAACACCUGCCCCAACCUCAACAACCUCUCGGCAGGCGUCAGCAAGGAGGUCCCGCUGGCUGCCAGGAGGAAAAAGGCUACCAGGCUCAGCAAUGGACUUCAAAUCAAGCUCCCGGCCAGGCCUGCGUCGGUCAUCGUCACGAGCGAAAACGCCAAGCUGAUCACGACAGCAAGUAAACCCACAACCGCCCCUUCGACACCAGGGCUGAAUCCGCCACAUCCUCGUUCGGAAAAAGAGCUCGCAGAGGCCGAACAACCAGAGGCCAAAAAGCCAGAGGCCAAAAAGCCAGAAGCCGAAAAGCCCGAGGCCGAAGCGCGGCCCAAGUCUCGCGGCAGCAAAUCGGUGACCCAAGUCCCGACAUGGAAUCUCUUCCGGGCGCAGUGGCCGUUUUACUCCAACAAGACGUCGACGACCGAAGACAAGAAGGAAUCGCGGCUGUCUCGGAGUCUGAUCCUCGAGCCGACCGAGGGCAGGCCCUGCAGCAUGUACGAGAGCCCGAGCUUGGCGGCGCCGGGACUGACGCCGACGCAGGGCAGCUUCCCCAUCCCUCCUACCACGGCGCCCAGGCUGAGACACCACAGCCGCAGCGGCAGCUACGGGUCGUGGAUCCACACGCCGGACUCGACGUCUCCAAACAGCGGCGGCAUGGCCGGCAGUCUGUCGUCGCUCACGGCGCAGACGUCGCUGUCGAGCACCAGCACCAGCACCCGUGUCGACUCGGCAGAGGUCAACCUCAACCGGCGAUACGAGGCUGUGCCCGAGAACAAGGUGCCGCCGUGGUACAUCAAGGACCUGGACAGCAGGAACAGCAGGAACAGCAGCAACGGCGGCAGCCCAAAGGUGGAAGAGGGCCAGACGCAGCUGACGAUGCUGUGCGCCAACUGCAAGCGCGUCGACAUGGACUCGCUGUUUCGACAGACCGUAGCGCAGGCGAUCCCGCCCGCGAGGGACUUGAUCGCCAUGGGGACGCUCUUCAGCCUGAUGACGCGCAAGCACUGCGGGCUAUGCCAGCUCGCCGCCCGGGUCAUUGCCAACGACGCCAUGCACGGACUCAGGAGGAGCCAGCCGCCGGUCCAAGACACGGACGAGGAGGAGGACGAUGCGCCGGUGGAUCAUGCAUCGGCGGUGGUCGGCCUGCUCGAAGAAACGUACUACCUGGCGCCCGGUCGUCUACGAGCACCCGGUCGCAGCCCGGAGCUGUACUUUUUCUCGAGCAAGGACAUCAAACAGGGAACCUGGCCCAGGAGGACCAUGGCGAUCCGACCUAUGGAGACGUCUUUGGGAUCAGACGCCGGUGAGUGCGGGACAAGCAACAACAACAGCAGCAGCAGCAGCAGCAGCAGCAGCAGCAGCAGCAACAGUAACAAUAGCAACAGCAACAAUAACAACAACAACAGCAAUAACAACAGCAACAACAUCCAUAAUAAUAGUAAUAAUACCAACCAACCUUGCCGAGUCAAGACCGGACGUUUCCUGCGCGCCCCCGGAGAGAUGGACUUUGAUUGGAUCCGAGACCGGCUCCGAGACUGCGAGGACUGCGACGGGCCGAGCGACAGCGGCAACGCGACGAUCCUCCCCAAGCGCGACGCGCAGGCGACGGUGCGGGCGGUGGACGUGGUGCAGAUGUGCGUGGUGAACCUGAGCGACUACGACAGCUACGUGGCGCUGAGCUACGUGCCCGAGGAGCAGGCAGCAGACGUGCCGCUGCUCCUGCUGCGCCGGGCCAACGAGGCAUCGCUGCGCCACCCCAAGGGCCUCCUCAACUGCUGGGACCUGGUGCCGCGCACCGUGCAGGACGCCAUCAAGCUGGUGCGCGAGAUCGGCGAGCGGUACCUGUGGGUGGACGCGCUGUGCGUCAUGCACGACGACGACGACGACGACGACGAUGGCGGCGGCGGUCGCGAGGUCGAGACGGUGCGCGAGACGGGCCGCAUCUUCCAGGACAGCGUGCUGACCAUCUGCGCCUGCUGCGGCGCCGACGCCUCGCACGGCAUCCCCGGCGUCGAGCCCGGGUCCAGGCUGAACACGCGCCAGGUCGUCGAGAUGGUGGGCGGGAGCAUGCUCGGCAGCGUGUUCGCCGGCGCGAGGUGCGAGGACUACGGCGCGGCUCGGAGCCGCUGGGGCAGUCGCGCCUGGACCCUGCAGGAGCAGGUCCUGUCCAGGCGGAGGCUGCUGGUGACGGACGAGUGCGUGACGUGGUGCUGCGGCCACGGCCAGGUGGUCGAGGACGAGGCGGGUGGGUCGUGUUGUAACGACGGCGCCCAUCUCCCCAGCAGCCGCAGCAGCAGCAGUAGCAGCAGCAGCAGCGUCCACCUCCUCGACCGGCUCGCGCUCCUCGAACCCAAGACCGGCGACGCAGAUACGGCCGUCGUCGGCGGCAGCAGGCAGCAGCAGCAGCAGCAGCAGCAGCAGCAGGCCAGCAACAUGGACGUCUACGCGCGCAUAGUGGCCGAGUACACGGGGCGAGAACUGCCCGACGUGCGAAGCGCCGAGCGCGCGGUGGCGGGGCUGCUCAACCACCUCGAGCCGGCGUUCAAGGGGCAGUUUCUGUUCGGGCUCCCCGACACGGAACUGGCGGCGGCGCUGAUGUGGUCUCAGGUGGGGCCCAGCACGCGACGGAGCGACCCCGCGACGGGCAAGCGGCUCUUCCCGAGCUGGAGCUGGCUCGGCUGGACGGGGCGGGCGUCGUACCCGUGGCUGGUGGAGCGCACGAUGCCCAUGUCGGAGGAUCCGGGAUCGCCGCUGCUGUGGCAGAACCAGGCCGUGAGCAUCGGGGACCCGCACGACGAGUGGUUCACGGGCGAAGACUACCGGCUCAACGGGCUGCCGCAGGCCAACCACGACCAGCUGACGCAGGGCCUGCCGGCGCGGUGGUGCGAGCACGAGGACGACGGCUGGACGCACGUCGACGGCCACGACGCCACCGUCGACGACGCAUCCCGCGCCGGGAGGUGGCUGCACCCGGUGCUCGAGGCGCCAGACGACGCCGGCGGCAGGGUCCACCGCUUCCUGCGCGAGGGGGACAGGGACGACGGGCUGCUGCGGUUCCACACGCUGUCUGCGAGGUUUGCACUGGAGCGGAAAGUGCGGGUUCGGACAAGGGACAAUAAUGAUGACAACAACAAUAACAACAACAACAACAAGGACACCAAGAUUCACAUGGUGCGGGUACUCAACAAGCGCGGCUUUGCGUGUGGGUACGUCUACUGGCCAGCCGACAGACCGCUGCCGUCGAACCGCCACAGCAGUUGCUACGGCUACGGACAGACGGCGGCGGCGACGGCGGCGGCGGAUAAAAAAGUCACGCACGAAUUCGUCGUCCUCUCCCGGGCCAGUGCGAGAUCAGACCCGCGCAUCGGGCAGGAGCUGCUCCACGCCACGCCCCUGAGCGAGCUGAGCAAGGUCUAUUCGAUGGACUACCUGGUGGGCGGGGGCAGGCAUCACCGUCUGCGGCCGACCAUGGGCGACGGUGGAGAGGGGUCCAGGGAGGACGGGAGGGGAGGGCCAAUCAUUGACGACAUGGCCCAGUUCGACACGCGACUGUAUGAUCCAAGCACGCCCUGGGGUCUCUUCAAUGUCAUGAUGAUCCAGUGGAGACAUGGAGAGGAGGGUCAAGUCGCCGAGAGGGUGACCGUCGGGAGGAUACAUGUUGCGGCCUUUAUGGAUGCCUGGCCGGUCGAAAAGAACAUUGUCCUGGGGUAA